UUUAAUGACGGUUGGACCUACUCUGUGUGUGUGUGUGUUACAGAAAUGGCCCGUGUGCUGUGUGUUCUGAUCGUGGGGCUGAGUGUUUGUGUGCUGGGACAGGUGUCAGCAAAGACCUUGAGUAGAAGUGCCGUUCUGAGAGCCGUCAGUGAUGCCAAAAAAAUCAUUGAUGAUGCCUACACAUACUCUCGGGCGGAGACUCUGAGGCGUGUGAGGACGAGGAAAUCCCUUAACCCAUCUGACCUCCUGCGUUUGGUGAAGCAGCCGGCUCGAGAGACGCGCUCGGCAGUGAGAGCAGCAGACUACCUGGAGUACACGCUCCAGCUCCUGCAGGACAGACACCACAUCCACAAGCGCUCCCUCAAUGCUACAGAUAUGAUCAGUCCAGAGUAUCUGGAGACCAUCGCUAAUCUGACUGGAUGUGCUGCCCGUGUGCGUCAACCGAGUUGUAAGACCACACCCAACCUAAACCAGUACCGCACAACUACCAGCGUCUGCAAUAACAGGAAGUUUCCCCGCCGUGGCUCCUCCAACACUCCUUUUCUGCGCUUGCUUCCCGCUGAGUAUCAAGAUGGGUUCAACCUACCACAGGGCUGGGACCCCAUGAUGCAGCGCAAUGGAGCCAUGCUGCCACUGGUGAGGCUCGUUUCCAACCGUAUCUUAAGCACAGCUAACGAGAAUGUAGUGAAUGACACCGACUACACACAUCUGAUCACCAUCUUCGGUCAGUGGACGGACCAUGACCUCACCUUUACGCCUCACUCCCCGAGCAUUCGCUCCUUCAACAGCGGCAUCAACUGUGACGAGAGCUGUAAUCGUACAGAGCCGUGCUUCCCCAUCUGUAUUCCUCCCAAUGACACACGCUUCGGCCGGAACUCUGACGAGUGCAUCCCAUUCUUCCGUUCGGCUCCGGCUUGUGGGACUGGCAUCACCGGCCAUAUUUUCGGAGCUGCCAACGUGCGGGAGCAACUAAAUGCCCUGACGGCCUUCCUGGAUGUGGGGCAGGUGUACGGUGCAGUUGAUGGGCUGGCACGUGACCUGCGUGAUCUUACCACUGACAGCGGACUGCUGCGUGUGAAUGACAAAUUCAAUGACAGCGGACGUGAGCUGCUGCCCUUCUCUCGUAUGAAGGACAUGUGUGCCAACCGUAAGAACAUCACCAACGAUACCAAUGCUGAAGAGGUGCCCUGCUUCAUAGCUGGGGAUUCACGUGUGGAUGAGAACAUUGGGCUGUCCUCCAUGCACACUAUGAUGAUGCGUGAACACAACCGUCUGGCACGCGCUCUGGCCAAACUUAACCCCCAAUGGAGUGGAGAGAUCCUCUACCAGGAGGCUCGCAAGAUCAUGGGUGGCUACUUACAGGUGAUCACGUUCCGUGACUACCUGCUCCACAUCGUUGGGCCAGAUAUCCUUAACGGACCUGAGAUUGGCCCUUUUCCUGGUUAUGAUGAGAAUGUGGACCCGUCCAUGUCAAAUAUGUUCGCCACUGCAGCCUACCGCUUCGCUCACCUGGCUAUACAGCCCUUCAUGUUCCGCCUGGAUGAGAACUAUCAGGAUCAUCCAAAGUGGCCCAGUGUGCUGUUCCACGUUAACUUCUUUACGCCCUGGAGGCUGGUCUUCGAGGGAGGCAUUGACCCUGUGAUCAGAGGUCUGGUGGGCCGUCAGGCAAAGCUCAACGUUCAAGAGCACAUGAUGAUUGAUGCGCUACGUGAGCGCCUCUUUGAGUUCCUGGAGCACGUGGCGCUGGAUCUGGCUGCACUUAACAUGCAAAGGGGACGCGACCAUGGCCUUCCUGGCUACAACAGCUGGCGUGGGUUCUGUGGGCUGUCCAAGCCUCGCACACUGGAGGAGCUGGCCGUGGUCAUGAACAACACAGAGUUGGCCCGCCAGCUGCUGGAGCUCUAUGGCACCGUGGACAACAUCGACGUUUGGCUGGGUGGCGUGGCCGAACCCUUUGUGAACGGAGGCCGUGUGGGACCGCUCUUCGCCUGCAUCAUUGCCAGGCAGUUCCAGAGGCUCCGCCAGGGUGACAGGCUGUGGUGGGAGAAUGAUGAUGUGUUCACCGAAGCCCAGCGUGAGUCUUUGCGGGCGACGUCUCUGUCUCGCAUCAUGUGUGACAACACCGGGAUUACUGAGGUGCCUGAGAACCCCUUCGAGUUCCGUCCCCGUGGGGCUGGAUACACACGCUGUGAGGACAUCCCAGCCUUCGACCUGAGUCCCUGGAGAGCCAAUGGUGAGGAUAGACAAGGACAUCCCGGACCCCCUGGUCCCCAAGGCCCCGCAGGGCCCCCAGGAUCAAAUGGCACUGCUUCUCGUGCUGCCUUCGCCGUGCGCCUGGGCUACAACUUCCCACACCCAGGCAAGCCGAUCGCCUUCAAGAACGUCAUCUACAAUGGCCAGGACCUGUACAACACUAAGACAGGCGUGUUCACGUGCACACAGCCGGGCGUCUACCAGUUUGACUUCCACUGCACGCUCUACCAGAAUGUGGGCAACGUGGACCUGCGCCACAACGACAAGCUGGUGCUCCACUCCUUCACCACGCAGCAGAGCGGCUACGUGACGGCCACCGGGGGCACCAUUCUGCAGCUGGCGACCGGUGACACCGUCUACCUCAGCGCCAACUACGGCGGCAACGGCCUGACCGCCGACAGCUUCUUCUCUGGGCACAUUCUCUUCUCCGUCUAACGGGCAGAAGUUACGUGCCGUCUGCUCUCCUCUCUUACUCUUCUUUCCCUCUUCUUGUCUCUGAUCUUCUCCCAAUCACUCCUCUCCUCUUCCUCCGUCACUCAGGUCAGUGAAAAUAAGAUGAAGGAUGAGCACUUAAGUUAUGUGUAUUACAUGUCGUGUUUUAUUUUGUUUUAAAAUCUUCCAUGAAUGAUCUAUCUUACUUUAUUAAUUAGAGUGAUGGGCUUUACUCUGUCAUUGUCCUGGAGAGGAGGGAAAUACUCACUUCAGGGAAC